AUGGCCUCUUCCCGGUCCCACUCGUCGUCGCGACCUCCAGUUUCUUCCUCCGGACGCAAGCAACGAGGCCCGGCCCUCUCGAUGAACCUCUUUCGCAUACCCAAAGAUCAACAAGAACUUUUGGAGCGGCCAGAUGCUUGGGCGGAAAGCUCUGCGAGCAACAACAUCGGUUUGGUCAACAUCCCUCCCCAUGUGCUGGAAUCUCUAAGGUACUUCGAAUCUUCCAGGGUCCUGCCACCUGGGGCGCAAAAGCCACUAUCGCCAGGCGCUUCGGCACCUAAGAGCACAGCCGAAGCGAACAAGGUUGGCGGUGGGUCAGCAAAAGAGCCCGACAUCGAUGAGGAAGAUGGCAGUGAAGCAGAAAGCAACGCGUCGGGUGUAUCCUGGUCACCAAGUCCGCCUCCACCACAGGUUCAUAAAGCCCAAAAAUCUGUCGACCGCAGUGACGGCCAGAGCCAGGCCGAAUCUCCUGCUAGAUCUGUACCUCUCCCAACCUCAUCACCCUCGUACCGAAGACGGCGGUCCCCGAAACCAAAUACGCUUGAAAGGCAGGUGGUUGCCAGCACGGCCUCGAAUGAGAACCCGCAUGCCGUUUUCCAAACACAAGCGCCGUUGUUCGACGUGGGAUCUACUUCAUCUCCCGUAAAAUCUAACAACACAAUGCUCGAGUCACCAGAAAAGGCUCAGGUCCAGUCAAGCCCCAUUCUGACACGAGCGCACCAGGACCUGCCACCUGCUUCAUUCCCACCCAGCAGCCUCGACCAUGAAGAUGACAUGGAAAUGGAAAUACCAGGGGCAUUACUCCACGCCACACCUCCAAUCAACAAGAUAUCGGCGCGAAUCAACGCGUCCCAAGGCAUUGUCCUGGACACGCCGCCUCCAUGCGGACAAGGCAGCGCCGGCCGGCUAACUUCUGCUUCCGCCGGGACACAAGCCAAAAGCGCGAAUCCACCCAGACAACGCUGGAAGAUUCUUCAAUUCAGUGACGGCCCUGAUGUUCCCGCUUCUGCCACGAUCAGCGAUACACCAGCGACGGUAGCCAAGACACAACUGCCAAAGCGCAUCGAGCAUGACCACGGGCAAACUUCUUCAGCAGGCAUCAUUACCUCUACAUUUCCGAAUACGGAAGUGAUGCAGGGCCAACAUCUGCCAUCCACUGCCGGGCAAGGUUCAUCCGGGAUACCUACCCCCCAAGUGCGCACUACUGGCUUGUCGUCAACAGCAAACCAAGAAGCUUAUGAAAGAGCGCAAACGGAAACACAUCAACGACAUCAAGUCUUGUCUGCAAGCAUUGCGGGCAAACUAGUCCACGACUUUUCAGCACAGCCAACGACUGAUUCAUUCACUGACGGGCCCGACUUCAGAGAGCGGUUCCUGCUAGAGCCUCUCGAAACGUUCCAGUCAGCGUAUCGGUCGUUCGACGGUAGCCUGGGAGACUUCGUUAGAGCCUGCGUCUCCCUCAAAAGCCUCCGCCGCGAAAGGAGACUCCCUGUGUUUUUGUACGAUGACUUUGUGCGCGUCUUCUGCGACGACUACAUCCAGUACGUUUCUGAGACCGACGAAUCUCGCCCCAUGUAUGCCAUGGAGUGGUACGUCGACAACGUCAGCAAACCGAUUUACCAGAAAGGCGUUUUAACCAAGGACAAUAUCGACCGGGUGCUGAAAAUGUAUCCCGAUGAGUACAAUGCCAUCCGAGAAGCCCUGGGCCUGUCUCAUUCACAUACACCAAUGACGACUGCUGGCGAUCGAUCAUUCUUCAUGGAUGUUGAUCCUCUGGAGCCUCCUUCUAUAGGGCAGCAGCCUGUUGACGCAUCGGUGAAGACGAGCAGCGAUGUCCUGAGAAAUUUGCGAACAUCUGACGUUGCCGUCGAUGUCUCCCCCUCGCCCUUUCCGCGAAGACUCAUUUCAGACCGGUCGGCAGACUCCGGAACUGAAGCAUACGUUUCGGCAAGCGAGAACCCACUGUCUGGAGUUGAAAAAACGCCGGCUCGUCCAAGCCGUGACUGUCGCUCACCUUCCGCAGACGUUGUGAUUAUUUCAAGUGUCAAAAAAACGGUGGCUGCGAAGUCCACGCCAAGGCAGCGGGACCGUCGUCGAUCGCCGUACCCAGAAGACAUACCUGGACGAAGUAGCCCAGGGUUGAUAGCGGCCGCUACCCCUCCACAGCAGGCCCACCAUGUCGAUGACGGAGGGCCAAGCACGAGCCGAUCGAAGGGCAAGGCGUCCCUCCGAUAUUCCCUGGAUGGCAGAGGCCAGACAAACCCGCCCGUUUCACAACGCGCAACUCUCUCGCGGCAGAGCCUACCGCCCCAGAGACACCACACGACGACGGUGAGUGGGCUGGAUCGAGCCGUGGAGCCACUGCCGACUCAUGAAACUCCCGAACGACCACAGACGGUCGCUGCCAAGCCGCGCGCCCUGCCCCGCAGCUUCUCGUCCCGCGGGACAAAGGCACGGCCACAGACGCCGCACGCCAAUAAGCCGGCGGACUCAGCAGCGAGGUCCAGAGAGACGCAGGUGGCGUCCGGAUCGCGCCCGUCGAGCAGCCGCCCUUCAGCGUCCCGCCUCCCAACGUUGACUCAGGAGAGCGGGGUUUCGAAACAGAAGAAGCAGUCGGCUCGAGCCGAGCAGUACCGGCUCAAACUCGAGAAACUGAAGGCCGCGGGGCGUUUGCCGGGCAUGGCGGGGUCGAAGGCCAGUCAUUCUUGA